CCGCCAGUUGCUGGCACCUGGCAGGUUAUCGCCUCGCCUGCCUGCCUCCAUAACUAUUCUUUGAGUGAUUAAACUGGCUAGCAAACAUACACUGCCAACUUAAGAACCAUAAAGCCAUCUCACGACCCUUCUUCUUGCUUGAUUCGUAAACAGUAGAUUGCGUAUGAUACCAUGAAGGGCCGAAAGAUUCCAUGGACCCCAGAGGCCGAUAAGACUACUGCGCCGUAUGCAAUCCCCAAGACGUAUGCUUGCUCGUUUAUGCUCCUCAUCAAAGUCUUUUACUGAAGUCUUCCAGUUUUAGAUGCCAUGUUGGUGGCGAAUGGAAGCCGUUGAGUUCCUUUGCGGAAACACAACAACACAAGAUACGCAGGCAGAUUGACCAACGCCUGCCCAUCGAUGCUGCGUGGACGAAGAUGACAUGCCGGGAGCACCAGGCCAAACCCAAAGACGAACUAAAAUGUGCAUUCUGCUCGACAGUCAAACAUCUGUCCGAGUAUAGCAAGAGUAGUCGGAAAACAGCUGAACCUAAAUGCCGAAUGUGCGUAGCAUGGAUCGAGAUUCAGGAGCCUCAGGUCACGCCAGGCUUCCUCCUAAAUUCACAGAUGUCACCCGAUGAAGAGCGAAAGGAGAUCCGAAACCAGCCCUUGCAGCCAAAUGAUGACUUCCUCCUCAACAUUGAGGACCAUGUAGAGAACGUAUCAGUUGUGGAUAGUAUAGGACACUCUACUGAAUUCGGAAUCAUCACUGAUACGGACUCUCGUGAGAAUCGUGCAGCCAGUGCCCUCCCACCCCAUCUCCGGGCCAAGGUUGCCGGUGCUGCACGUCCUACACCACAGCCGAGUAGCCCAAACCCCUCUGUUUCCUCUCGCACAACCAGCAUUGCAACCACCUACAUAUCUUUCCGCGGCUGGGAUAAUGAGGGGAACCGCCAUCGCCAGACGCGAAGACAAGAAUCGGUUGCCUCAUCCGCUUCUACGGCAGGGCGGCGGGAUGAGAAUGUCAUUGGUGAUUGGUCGCACGCUGGCUUAAACCCCGACUCUGAAACCAAGAAAAACGAUGCAAGACGGGGUGCAUGGGGACGACCAGGAGCUCGACUGACGGCACAAGAGCUGCGAGGGGAGACGGACUGGAAGUCUAAGGUGCCCAGAACGCCUUAUAUCAAGCGAGAGCAAUAUUGA